CUUUUCCAAUGCGAAUGGACAGAUACUGGCCCCAGAUUCCGUCGCAGAGUGGAAAUGGUGUACAGAGCAGAUGGAGCGCAGAAUGUAUGGCAAACAGAGCGGGUGGGCCAUACGGGAAAUGUGCAGUAG